UCUACCACAUGCACCACCGAUCCAAUCAGAACAACCCUAACGCGAACGCCCAUCACAAUAGGCGAGAUUCGCCGACGAUGAAGUCGAGUGUUGAUAUCCAGCCGGAGUGGACCAUGCUCGAUCAGAUCCCCUUCUCGACGUUUACUAAGCUUUCGUUCUCGGUCCCUGAUCAGCCUGAGGACCUCCUUGUUUGUGGUGCCCUAGAGUACUAUGAUCGGUCCUUUGAUCGUAUCAAUCCGAAGAAUGAUCGAAGGCUUGAGAGGUUCAAGUCGAGGAAUUUCUUCAAGGUUACGACUACUGAUGAUCCGGUGAUCCGUAGGCUUGCGAACGAGGAUAAAGCUACUGUCUUUGCGACGGAUGCUAUACUUUCAGCUCUGAUGUGUGCUCCGAGAUCGGUCUAUUCGUGGGAUAUUGUGAUUCAGAAGGUUGGGAAUAAGUUGUUCUUCGAUAAGCGAGAUGGGUCGCAAUUGGAUCUGUUGUCGGUUAAUGAGACUUCGCAGGAGCUUCUGCCAGAGGCGAAGGAGGAUAUAAACUCGGCCCAUUCACUUGCCAUUGAAGCUACUUACAUCAAUCAGAACUUUUCUCAGCAGGUUCUUGUGAGAGAUGGCAACAAGAUGGCCUUUGAGGAGCCAAACCCAUUUGCUUCUGAAGGAGAAGAGGUUGCUUCAGUGGCUUAUCGUUACCGCCGAUGGAAGCUUGAUGAUGAUAUGUUCUUGGUCGCUAGAUGCGAGGUUCAUGCUGUUUCUGAUGUGAAGGGGCAGAGGUCGUUCUUCACACUGAAUGCACUCAAUGAGUUUGAUCCAAAGUAUACUGGCGUUGAUUGGAGGCAGAAGCUUGAAACCCAGAGAGGGGCUGUUCUUGCAACUGAGCUCAAGAACAAUGCGAAUAAGCUCGCUAAAUGGACUGCUCAGGCUUUGCUUGCGAGUGCGGACAUGAUGAAACUUGGUUAUGUUUCUAGGAUUCACCCGAGAGAUCACUUUAAUCAUACCAUUUUGAGUGUUGUCGGGUAUAAGCCAAGGGACUUUGCUGCUCAGAUCAAUUUGAACACUUCGAACAUGUGGGGUAUUGUGAAGUCAAUUGUUGAUCUAUGCAUGAAGCUUAAUGAGGGGAAGUAUGUGCUUGUGAAGGAUCCUGUGAAGCCUCAGGUGACAGUGCCGGAGGAGGAGCAAGUUCAGCCGCCUGCAGAGGAGGAGUCCGCAGAGAAGGUUAUGGAUGCUGUUGCUGAGGCAGAGGCAAAUGGUGAUGAGGGUCAGACUGAGAAGGAGGCAGCACCAACCGCCACCACUUGAGGGGUAUCUGCACUGUCCUUUUAAUUGCACUGGUUGAGACUUGAGAGUAUUGGACUUAGCCUUAUGUUUCAGUCUUUCAGAUAUAUUUUAUUGUUGAGGAUUUUGAGUUGUGGUACUUUGCUUGUGUUGUGUGGUAUAGCUGAGUUUAAGGUCAGAACUUUUUGGUUAUUUCAGACUUUAUAUCAUAAGUAACUACCGUAAUUAUAUUUUUCUUUUCUGAUUAA